AUGAAUGUGGCCGACAAUGUGGGGAAUCAACUGCGAAAAGUGGCUUUUAAGAAAAUCCUGGAUCAGGAAAUGGCUUGGUUUGAGAAAAAGAAGCCGGGAGCUUUGUAUGCAGAGUUGAUGCAAUCAACACAACGCGUUCGCCACGUCCUCAACAUCCACCUCUUGCACUCGGUCCGUGCGACCUGCACAGCUAUUUCUGGGAUCUACAUAGCCUUCUCGCUCAAUCAGAAUGUGGCCCAAAUCGUGUUCGUCUUCUUCUUGUGCUACGGGCUGGCCACGUUUUGGUUGGAUCGGCUCCGAUUACACAACCGGGACCAUCGGGUGAAGACGAGGGCAUCUGGGAAGUUAUUCAAUCAGGCCUUAUCCUCCAUCAGAACCGUCCAAGCCAACAAUGCGCAGGAAUUCGAGAAAAGGAGAUACGCUCAAGCCCUCGAAGAUACCGGAAUCCUAGACCGGAAGAGCCUAAUUAUGGGCUCGACAAUUAGCUGUCUCUAUUUUGUCCUCACCCACAUUUCGCACUGCUUCAACACCUGGAUGGCUGCGGGGUACUUUUAUGCCGGGGUGACGAGUGCGACUACCGUAUUGGCCAUCGGAAUGGCAGCCGAUUCAGCCGCAGACGCUGUCGGCGACAUGAUGCGGGUGUUUUUCGAGUUCCAAAAGGAACUCGACGUCGCCCAGCCUUUAUUUGAUAUUUUGGCAUUAGAAAACGAAGAAGACGAAGAUACGUCCGGGGCGUCAGAUUCCGAAAUCACCGAACGGAUUUCGUUUAAUGACGUCCAUUUCACGUACCCGAUGAGGCCGGAAGUUGAAGUAUUAAAGGGUCUCACUUUUGACUGUGAUCCCGGACAAACAAUCGCUGUCGUCGGGUCCUCAGGAUCUGGAAAAUCGACGAUACUACAGUUGAUUCUCCGACUUUAUCGUCCAAAUUCUGGAGAGAUCCGCCUCUCUGACAUCCCGAUCGAGAAAUAUUCGAGGAAAAAUUUGAGGCACAUUAUUAGCGUCGUCGGGCAGGAACCGGUGUUGUUUAGGGCAUCAAUUCUUGAGAAUAUACGUUAUGGUAAAGAAGAUGCAACGGAUGCUGAAGUGAUGAUGGCACUUCAGAAAGCUAAUGCGUUGGAUUUUGUCAGGAGGUUGCCAAAUGGCUGGAACACAAAAGUCGGUGAACGUGGCUGUCAACUUUCCGGAGGCCAAAAACAGAGAAUCGCCAUCGCCAGAGCCCUAAUCAAAAACCCUCGAAUCCUGAUCCUGGAUGAAGCGACAAGCGCCCUGGACAGCCAGAGUGAAGCGGAAGUGAUGAAAAAUGCCUUGAAGAAGGCGUCACCCCAGCCGGAUUCUCCCAGGUUUGGGCCUGGCUGGAGCCAGACAGAGCCC